GAAGCGUUCCCAUUCAAAUCUCAUCCAAGCAGGACUUUUCAGACCAAGGUCUUGAGUAUUACUUUUCUAUCCUGUAAAAAAAAACUUUUCAGGCUUCAGCGGAGGACAAAGACACCAUUAUACACGUCUAUCCACCAUGAAACCCGUUCCGUUGGUCCUGCUGAUCGCUACAGUACUGCUGACUUCCAACUUUCCCCCCAGCGCCUGUCGACCAAGGGACCUGAACAUCUUUGACGGCCACGGGUACAAGACCCAGAUGGACGAGAUCUUAUUAAAAGCUGGCGAUAACGCUAUUUCCUACCUCAUAGGAGAAAAGAUACUUAGGUAUUUGCAAAGAAACCCGAAAUUCCAGAAAGGUCUCUCACAGUAUCCCUUAGACAACCUCCAGGUUAUGACACCACUCUCCACCUCUGGGCUUGGUCACCUGGCGCGCAGUUUGCCGCUGGAGGAAGAGGAGCGCGCCUUGGAGGAAGGCAACAGCUUGGAAGACCUCACGGAGCUUUCCAAGAGGAAUGACGAUCCGCCAAUUUCCAUUGAUCUCACUUUCCACCUGCUGAGAAACAUGAUCGAAAUGGCGAGAAUCGAAAGUCAGAAAGAACAAGCGGAACUAAACCGCAAGUACCUAGAUGAAGUUGGCAAGUGAUCUUUAGCUUUGGCAUCGUAGAAAAACAAAAGGUUCUCACAAACGAAUGCCCCUGGCACUUCCAGAUCCGUGAAAUAGUUUUGCUUUUCCUCUUUAUCAAAAUACUGCUGACUGUAGCUACCAUUCCAAGUUACGAGGUAUUUCCAUUCAAAAGGGAACAAGACCCGAUGUGUCGAAAGCUCCAGUUAAAGCGAAAUCGGUUCAGCUAAAUCGCUGUCCUAGACUCCCUCUUCAUUUCUGCUGAUGGACAUGUGCGGCAAGGAAACGAGUCAAGAAACAUUCACGAAUCUUCAAUG